UUUUUGUUGCAGUACUUACUGUCUUCAUUGACAUGCUGCAGCAGAGGAAGGUGAUUUGCACUUCAAGAGGAGUAAGUUAGAGCUGAGCAAAGACUGUAAUUGCUGGAAAUGAUUGUCAUGUAAGGAGCUGGCUAUGGCAAACAGGAAACAUCAAAGCAUUACAGCCAGCAUGCUGGAUCACAGAGCCAGAGCUUGCCCGACUUCUUCUCACAACAGGGAGCCUGAAAAUGAAGAAAGUGACCUUCCCAUUGAAGAUUAUGCAGAAAAAGAGGCAGAAUUAGCAACUGUCAGACCAGGUAGUCCUACCCUUGUGGAGCAUGAGUGCAAUGACCAUAGUGGAGAUGGUGACUCCAGCUCUGACUAUGUAAACAACACUUCUGAGGAGGAGGACUACGACGAAGGCUUGCCAGAAGAAGAGGAGGGGAUCACAUACUACAUCAGAUACUGUCCAGAGGAUGACAGUUACCUGGAAGGAAUGGACUGCAAUGGGGAGGAGUAUGCUCCCCAUGAGGAACACCAUGUUGAAACAGAUGAUUGUCAGGAAGCAGUAGAAGAGUGGGCUGAAGGUAAAAUUCAGCACCAAGAUGAAAAUGAGGUGAUGGACAGGCAAGAGUGGCAGGAAGGUCAAGACAAUGGCAUUCAGAUUUUGGAGGAUGAAGCAUCAUCUUUGGAGAUCCAAGACCAAGAAGAAAACAUACAGUACUGUCAAAGUGAAGGUGACUAUCCGGACUAUUACCCAGCAGAGGCUAAUGGAAAUUCACAGGGAAUAUCACCAUACCAUUCUAGAAAAGAGGAUGCAGAGCUGGAAGAACAGGAAGAGGACAUUGACCAGAUUGUAGCAGAAAUCAAAAUGAGUAUGAGCAUGAGCAGCAUUAACAGUACAACAGAAAUGAGUCCAGAGCACUCUGGGACUGAAAACAUGGCACAUGACUACAAAGAGACUUGUUCAAAGGGAGAAGCUGUUCACAGUGCUAACAGGCACGAGGGGAGGCCAAAAUCUCUGAAUAUCCCAUCUGCCUCUAAGCACAGUGGAGAUGUGCAUCGAGGUUUUAAAGCAAAGUCAAGAUCCCCAGAGGACAGACAGAAGUGGCCACAGGAGCAGAUGUGCAAUGGUUUAGAGCAGCCCAGGAAGCAGCAGCGUUCAGACCUCAAUGGCCCAGCUGACAAUAACAAUCCCCCCGAGACGAAGAAAGUGUCUUCCUUUCCAAGUUUUGUUGAUGUUCCAGGGCCUUGUGAACCCGAGGACCUCAUUGAUGGAAUCAUCUUUGCAGCCAAUUACCUGGGCUCCACCCAGCUGCUGUCUGAGCGAAACCCUUCCAAAAACAUCCGAAUGAUGCAGGCCCAGGAGGCAGUGAGUCGUGUCAAGACCUCAGAAGGAGAUUCCCAGGCCUUGACUGAAGUGGAUCUGUUCAUCUCCACACAGAGAAUCAAAGUUCUAAAUGCAGACACACAGGAAACAAUGAUGGACCACGCGCUGCGCACCAUCUCCUACAUCGCCGACAUCGGCAACAUCGUGGUGCUGAUGGCGCGGCGCCGCAUGCCCAGAUCCGCCUCCCAGGACUGCAUUGAAACCACUCCUGGUGCCCAGGAGGGCAAGAAGCAGUACAAAAUGAUCUGCCAUGUCUUUGAAUCCGAGGAUGCACAGCUCAUAGCUCAGUCAAUUGGUCAGGCUUUCAGUGUGGCUUACCAAGAGUUUUUAAGAGCCAAUGGAAUCAACCCAGAGGAUCUCAGUCAGAAAGAAUACAGUGACAUCAUCAAUACCCAAGAGAUGUACAAUGAUGAUCUCAUACACUUCUCCAAUUCAGAAAACUGCAAAGAGCUCCAGCUAGAAAAACAGAAGGGAGAAAUUCUUGGGGUAGUGAUUGUGGAAUCUGGAUGGGGAUCCAUUCUACCCACUGUUAUCCUGGCCAAUAUGAUGAAUGGAGGCCCUGCGGCACGUUCAGGAAAACUGAGCAUUGGAGACCAAAUUAUGUCCAUUAAUGGUACCAGUUUAGUUGGCCUACCUCUUGCAACAUGCCAAGGGAUCAUAAAGGGACUCAAGAAUCAGACACAAGUCAAACUGAACAUUGUCAGCUGUCCUCCUGUUACAACUGUCCUCAUAAAACGGCCAGACUUGAAAUACCAGCUGGGCUUCAGUGUACAGAAUGGAAUUAUUUGCAGCUUGAUGCGAGGUGGAAUAGCAGAGAGGGGAGGGGUAAGAGUGGGACAUCGGAUUAUCGAGAUCAAUGGGCAGAGCGUCGUGGCUACUGCUCAUGAGAAGAUAGUACAAGCAUUGUCUAAUUCAGUGGGAGAGAUUCACAUGAAGACUAUGCCAGCUGCCAUGUUCAGGCUUCUAACAGGUCAAGAGACCCCCCUGUAUAUCUAACAUCUUCCAUCCAAGCUGAAGCUGUCCUAGCUGAAGAGAAUUUUGUAUUUUGUAUGAAUGAAAGGCUUGGAAGCUGAUCUGAGGACUCCAGAACAAGGAACAGACAGGUGUCUCUGCCUUUUCUCUCCUUCCUUUCUAUUUCUUUGACAAAGUGUUGAGAAGGAUGGUCAAGGACAAUAAUCACUGACAAAAAUCUUUGUAAACAUUUAAGUAUUUUGAACAUCUUCUAAACUCUUUUCUCAUAGAACUUAAAACAUAUUUAUUUGUAACCUUUAUGUGGAGUGAUGUAUGUCUGUCUUGUUUGAUAACACAGUGAAUGUGAAUAUUUGAUGAAUGAGACUGCAGGAAAUGGCAAAGAGAAGCAAUUAGAGAAAGUUCUGGCUGCCUCAAGUUAAAAAAAAAAUCCCAGUCCCAUAAAGUGGUCCAAUACUGAUGACUUUGCAUAAUUUUAAAACUGGUGCUGAAUCAAUGGUAUUUCAGUGGAAAGGAAUGUGUGCAGUUCAAGCUUUUAGAUUCUACUGUAAGGAAAACCACUGUAGUACUUGGUAUUGUUAUGACAAGUGUAACCUGUCUGGCAAGGUGUGAACAUAAACAUGUAACAAGUGUUUCAUAUGCUAAAUAAAGAAUAAUUGCCACAAGAUUAAAAUCAAAAUAUUUAUUUAGAUACAUAUUUAUUUUUAAUGCUUGUGAUUUUUAUGAUUUAACAGAGGUAUCUCAUGGAUAACUUAUUGCACAGGUUGUGUAAUGUAUGUGUUGGGCUGGGGUUUUUUUUCUUUAAUUUUUGCAUAUUACCAUUUUGUUCAUAUUAGCUCAAAAUGGGAAAGCCAUGCUUACCUGUUUCUGUCUUUUAGAAAGCAUUCUUAUUCCUAAGGCAAUGUGUUCUGAAUGUAAAUUGUUUUGACAAAUAACCUAGCACCAUCAGCAGUAUUAGAAUGUGUGUAGAUAAAAAACCUAGUAGUAAAGUUGUAUUCCUUAUGAGAUAAAUGUUAAUUGGUGUAACUUUGUCUAAUUUUUUUCUUUUGGCCAAGGCCUUGAAGAAAAUACACUGUGACUUAAGAAGCCUUACCAUGCAGUAACUAAAGAGCUUUAGAUGACUGUACUUCAAGGAGUAGUGUGUUGCAUGCAACUGACCUUAGGAAAGAAUUAACCUAUCACUAAUAAAUCUGAAAUAAGAAAGGAA